AUGACUCUUACAGACGAAGUUCACCAGCUUACAACUGUGGUGAACACUUUGAACACAACAGUUACAGAUUUUAUGCAAACAGUCAUUGAUACUUCAGAUAAUGACGAUCAAUCCAGAGCUGCUAUCUUGGAUGCACUGAUGAAAAGAACGCAAACUUUACAUAAUACAAGUUUGCAAGAUAUUUUAGAUAAUCAUAAAAAAGAGAUGGUUACGGUGAUGCAGCAGAACACGCAAAAUAUCAAAACUAUUGCUGCUACUAUUACUCGUGAUGUAACAUCUCUUCUUCAGGCACGUUUUCCUCUCAAUACACCUCCUGUAUUUGGUGGUUUUGACGGAAAUAAUGGAAACAAUGUUAACCAUGGUCAUCCUGGUAUGCCUGGAAGUAGUGGUUCAGGUGGCGGCAAUGGUUUAAAGAUUGACAUUGCUACUUCUUAUUUUAAGGGAGAAGCCAAUUCUUGGUUUCGCUGGGUUCAGAACAAGCUCACUAAUCCUUCAUGGAUAGAUUUUUGCACACUGCAAGGUUCGGUACGAGAUCACAUUAAAGAAUUUGAGCAACUUAUUAACUUUGUUACUGAUUUACCAGAUGAUUAUGUCAUUGAUCUCUUUAUCCGUCCUCUCAAGAAGGACAUUCGAUCUAUUAUUGAGGUAUUUGAACCACCAACGCUAGUUGCAGCUUUUAGGAAAGCUAUAAAACAAGAAGAUGUGUUACUUUCAAACUCUUCUUUUUACAAAUCUGUUGCGAGGUCAAAUCUAUACAUACAGUCAUCUACUUCAUCUGAUCAAGCUAAUGCACCUUUUAAGAAACCUACAAUUCCAUCUGGAGUUAAACGUCUAUCUUUAGAAGAACAACGACAUAGACGUGAACAAGGUCUGUGUUGUGAUGAACAAUAUAAGGAUGGUCAUAUUUGUGCAAAACAAUUAAACUCUAUAUUAUUAAUUCUAGAGAUGACUCCAGAAAUUCAUAUUGAAGGAGAGAAAGAGCCAACAACAUCUGACACAGAAGAGAUGAUUACUCCUGCAGCUGCAAAUCAGAUGCAUUAUGAACCCAAAAUUUCACUUCAUGCUUUUACUGGAUCUUCAUUCCCUACCACUAUGCGUGUUACAGGCUACAUUGCAGGUCAACCAAUUACUAUUUUGCUUGAUUCGGGUUCAACUCAUAAUUUAUUGCAUCCUACAAUUGCUAAGAGAUGUGGUGUUUUACCUAAGUCAGUUAAUGAUGAUAUGAAUGUUCUGGUUGGUAAUGGAGGAAUUCUAAAAACUCAAGGACUUUGUUCUGAUAUUUCUCUAAAGUUACAAGAUUAUCAGUUCACUACUGAGUUUUUCUUAUUAGAAUUAAGUGGUUGUGAGGCAGUGCUUGGUGUAGCAUGGUUAAGAACUUUGGGUAAUAUCUCUUGGGAUUUUGAGAAAUUACACAUGAAGUUUACUUCCGAUGAUCAAGAAUAUGCUUUAGUGGUUUCAGAUUUACUUCUACGGUUUUCUGAUUUGUUUACUUCACCAACUGACUUACCACCUCAGAAAAAGUAUGAUCAUCGUAUUCCUUUACUGCCUAACUCCACACCAGUGAAUGUUAGGCCAUAUAGAUAUCCUUAUUUUCAGAAAGAGGAUAUUGAGAAAAUUGUUAAGGAACUCAUAGAUACAGCUCUUAAUAAGGUUACUGUCAAGGAUAGAUUUCCAAUUGUGGAUGAACUUCUUGAUGAAUUACAUGGUGCAGUAAUAUUUUCUAAGAUUGAUAUGCGAUCUGGUUAUCAUCAGAUUCGUGUGCAUCCAGAUGAUAUACAUAAAACAGCUUUUUGCACAAAUGAUGGUCAUUACAAAUUCCUGGUGAUGCCAUUUGGGUUGUCCAAUGCUCCUGCAACUUUUCAGAGUCUGAUGAAUGAAAUUCUUCGUCCUUUUCUUCGAAAAUUUGUAUUGGUAUUUUUUGAUGACAUACUUAUCUACAUCGAGUCUGAAUCUGAACAUAUUCAACAUGUAAACUUGGUGUUUGAAGCUUUACGUGCACAUCAGAUAUUUCUCAAUCAGCAGAAGUGUGAAUUUGCUAAGAAGACAAUAAGUUACUUGGGUCAUAUGGUUUCUUCUGAAGGUGUAUCUGUUGACUCUGAUAAGAUAUCAUGCAUAACAAACUGUCCUAUUCCGACCACAGUGAAAGCUUUGAGAGGAUUUUUGGGAUUGGCUGGAUAUUAUCGUAAGUUUGUUAAGGAUUACAGUAAGAUUAGUGCUCCACUUACACAAUUACUCAAGUUGGAUUCCUUUGUAUGGACUCCUGAUGCGACUACAGCUUUUAACAACCUCAAGAAAGCUUUAACUAGUACACCAGUUUUAGCACUACCAGAUUUCACCAAAGAAUUCAGUUUGGAAUGUGAUGCAUCUGUCAAUGGUCUUGGAGCAGUGUUAAUACAGGAUAAGAGGAAUGUUGCUUACUACAACAAAUCACUUUCAGGAAAGAAUCUUAAUCUUUCAGUUUAUGACAAGGAGAUGUUGGAUAUAGUUAAUGCAGUCAAUAAAUGA